CAGUGGUUGGAUUGGGCCUACAAAUUCUGGGCUCUAGCUCAAAUACAUAUAUCUCAUCGUUUUACUUUCUAAAGCUGUGGGGUUUUAGGGUUUCUCAGCUUCCUUUAGUUCAAUCUCACUUUACUUUGCUUGAGCUGUACAAAUCCAGAGAUGGCUGCAAGUUUGGCUUCUAAAUGGUCUCGCGUGGGCCGUUCCUUGUUGGGGGGCUUAGGAAACAAUUUGUCUAGCUUAUUGAGCACAUCGAAUGAGAUGACAGCCUGCAAUUUCUUGUCUCAGCAGCGGAGGACUUUCAUACAGAUGAGAACUGUUCUCAAAGUUGUGGACAACUCUGGGGCCAAAAAGGUGAUGUGCAUUCAAAAUUUAAAGGGGAAAAAAGGGGCUCGAUUGGGAGACACAAUUGUUGCAUCGGUAAAGGCAGCUAUGCCAAAUGGUAAAGUGAAGAAAGGAAAGGUUGUUUAUGGUGUGGUGGUUCGUGCUGCCAUGCAGCGGGGCCGUUGUGAUGGGAGUGAGGUCAAAUUUGAUGACAAUGCUGUAGUACUUGUUGACAAACAAGGCCAGCCAAUUGGGACCAGAGUAUUUGGGCCAGUUCCACAUGAGCUUAGAAAGAAAAAGCAUGUCAAGAUCCUUACUUUGGCAGAGCAUAUUGCCUGAGAUUUUUUUGGCUGAACGUAAAACCAUCGAGACAUGGGCAACAACACAAGAAGAUGGUAUAAGGUUGUCGGAUUCAUAUUAAGAUCAAAUGUAUGAUAUU